UGAGCUUAGAUUUCGUCGGUUUUCAUUUGGUUGCUUUCGCUUUUAUAGUUGCUUUUGUAGCCUCUCUCCGUCCGCCCGUCUAUGUUAUGUGUGUAUAUACACGCACUCACACACUGACAAAUUGGCCCGGCUAGUGUAUGAGUGUGGUACAUUUUGCAGUGUUGCCGAACAUCUGUAAAUGUAUCUGUAUCUGUGGCAGCCAAUAGUUGUGGCAAGGCCCUCGAGCCACUCGCAACACAAAACAACAGCAACAGCAAUAGCAACGGCAACAUCCCCAAUAAGUGGCAGAAACUACAGCGCACAACAGCAGCCGCAUUUAUUGUUAAUUGAAAUAAAUUGAAAUAAAUUCCCCGACUUUGCUGCUCAUAUUGUUAAUAAAGAGCAAUCGGGGCAAAGCAAGAGUGGAAUCGGAGGCAGUAAACAAAACACAUCAGCGACACGGGUCAUGCGCAGUGGCCUCUUUGGUAGUUGCAGUUUAGCCAACAGCGACUGAAAGAGCAAAGAGCUUAGGACCAUGGCCUUCUCCCGCCACAACAUCGAGAAGCGCCGACUCAUCGAGCUAGUCCGCCUGAACCCAAUCCUCUGGGAUUGCCGCCUGCCCCAUUACAAGCGCUCCGACAAGCGCAAGGCCAUCAAAUGGAACGAGCUGGGUCGGCUCUUUAACGUCAACGGGGAGCGAGUGCAACGCACGUUCACUUCCCUCCGUGAGAUCUUUCGUCGCGAGCUUAACCACGAAAAGAUGCUGGGCACCACGCGCUUUAAGUCCAAGUGGGAAUACUACGACGCGAUGGCCUUCCUUAAGGAGGUCAUUCGAGAGCGAAAAUCCCGCGAACGCAUCAAACACGGCUCUCUGGAUCCCACCCCUGUGAAUACAUGCAGCAGCACCAACAAUAUUAACACCAACAGCCGUAAUAGCAGCAACAACAACAGCAGCAGCGCGGCUCUGGAUGAGUACCAGUACUUUGCCCCCAGUGACCCCAACAACCCGAACAAUCAGCCCCAGCCGCAGUCGGCGCUAAAGAGCAGUCUUCCAGCAGUUAGCAUGUCCAAUCUUAGUCUCAGCCAGUUGCCAGCUGCUCUGCAGCAGCAGGCCCAGCACCUUCAAGCCCUUCAGUUACAGCCAGACGUGACGUUGACUUCGCUUCAAAAACAGCCUCUGGCUACUUCCCUUUCCCUGACCACGCCCACAGCCGUGCACCACAACUCGCCCGCCCAGUUGUUGUCCAGCUCACGCUCCUGCAGUUCUUCGCCAUCCAUCUACAUCAAGGACGAGCCAGGCUCACCGGAAACGGGGUGUGCAGAUGAAGGAAAAUCCGAAAAUGGCCCAGAAGCGACUCGGAAGAAGUUGGCCACUAUUCGCCCGCAGACCAAACAGCAACUGAAGUCUCGGCUGCAGCUACCCACGCCCAAAAACUCAUCAUCGUAUGCCACUUCGCCGCCCCAUUUGAUAAUCAAUGCCAACAACGAGCUUAUCGACGCGGAUGCUGGGGACUUGGAGGAGGAUCUAGACGACUUCGACGAGGAUGAUGACAUGACUGCCCACUGCUCUCCAGUAGUCGGUCCGGGCGAAAUGAUGGGCACCGAUGGUAGACUAUCGGCCGAAAGCAGUUAUAUCGGAGAGGGCGGUGGUUGCGUCAGGGGCCUGGGCCGAUCUCACUCCCAGGCGCGCCACAUACCCACCUCUAGGGAACUUCUCUAUAUGAAGUUCGGGGAUUUCCUCGCCGCCAGACUAAACACUUUGCAUGAGACUGUAGCGAACGAGCUGAUGAACAAGAUGCUGCUUCUAAUAGCUGAGAAGUGAGAAUAUCGUGGUCAGAUGCCACUCCAAAAUGAUUUAAUAUGGAACGCUCCCUUCCCAGCGUGACCCCACGUGAACAUAAUGAAGAGGGUUGCAUGAAUCAAGUCUGUAUUAUGUGCCAUAUAAAACAACUCUGACGCGUACGAUAGCUUAUCAUUAAAAUGUAUUAAAUAAUUUUUAGAUCAAAACAGUUUAAAUAGAACGAUAAAUAAAACUGCACAUCACCUUA